AGGCAAUUCCAAAUAUUCCUCACUGCAUGCCUGAGAAUUCACUCCACGGCUUCAGUGACCAACGCGCCCCGGGAUGAGUACAGCGCCUUUACUACCACAAUGCAGAGUGAAUGAGUGGGAUAAGUGCCAGUCCUACGCGCGUCACAAUGAGCUGACUCUUGAUAUAUUGUUGGGGUAACAUUGACACCAUGAGUGGCCACUUUGGAUAUGUUUCAUUAACUGAUAAACUGCACGGAGGCCCAUGUUGGGCGAGCUAGUCUCCACAACGUAAAGCCAGAGAUAAGCACCUGGCAGCAGAAUGGGAGGUCUAUUCUCCGCCUCUCAGCAAUGUCAACCUUACACGGACGCCACCGCCUUCCAGAUUAUCCACGAUAUAAUUACAGCAAAUCGUGUUGUGAUCUUUUCCAAAACAACAUGCCCUUACUGUGAUAUUGUAAAGAGCAUAUUUACAGAACUGGGCAUUCCUUACAAAUCAAUAGAAUUAGAUCUCAGGAACGACGGUAUGCAUCUCCAGUAUAUUCUUACUGAAAUGACUGGUAUAAAAACAGUUCCAAAAGUGUUUAUAAAUGGGACGUGCAUAGGUGGUGGGGCGGACACAGUUUUACUCCAUUCCAGGGGGAGACUCACGGAUCUGGUGAACGAGUGUGCAUCAAACUCUGUGAUGGAAGGAAUCUGUAUACUUCUUUAACACCAUUCCCUGUUCUGCAAAGCUUGUGGAAUAAACUAGCAAAUUACAAAAUCCGUCUACUGGCCGAGGUGGCAAGAUUUGUUGUAAAGGCAAACAUUUUCAUGGCUUACGAUUAAAUGAAAUAACAUCUUCAGUCCUUAGUGUGGAGGACUAUAGCUUAUGUGUCUCACCAGCCAAGAGCUUUCAUCUGACCAGUUUUAUGAACUAUGAUAGACAAAAAAUGGAGUAACUCAGUGGGUCAGGUAGCAUCUCUGGAGAUAUGAAGAAGGGUCUCGACGCAAAAACGUCAUCUCUUCCUUUUCUCCAGAGAUGCUGCCGGACUCACUGAGCUACUCCAGCAUUUUGUGUCUAUCUUCGGUGCAAACCAGCAUCUGCAGUUCCUUCCUACACAGUUUUGUGAACUUCUGAAUUUAAAAAAAAAAGGAAAAACACAGUUCUCAAAUGUGUACAACUGGAGACACAAAGUGCUGGAGUAGUUCAGCAGGUUUAGAGCAGCACAGUGGUGCAGCUGCCUCCCAGCACUAGAAACCUGGGUUCAAUCCUGACUAUGGGUACUGUCUGUACAGCGCUUGUACCUUCUCCUUGUGACCACGUGGAUUUUUGCCUGGUUUUCCAGUUUCCUCCCACACUUCAAAGAUGUACAUGUUUCUAGGUUAAGUUGCUUUGGUAAAAACUGUAAACUGCCCCUGGUGUGUAGGAUAGUGUUCUGGGAUCACUGGUCAGUGCAGACAUGGUGGGCUGAAGGGCCUGUUUCCAGGCCGUAUCUU